UGAAAAGCUACGAAACGAGCGAGGAGAUAAAGUUCCCGGUACCGGCACGGGUAAAGCAUAAAGCUAUCACGGCGGGUGUGGUCGGCGGCAUACUGUUCUUCAUCGUAGCCAUCAUCUUAUCGAUCUGUGCCGUGAAGAUAUGCAAUAAGCGUAAGCGUAGAAAACAGGAAAAAGAACUCAACAUGGUAACGGCGAGGCUAACAGAUAGGAACGCACUUAGUCAACCCAUACCCUUGAAAAGAUAUAUGCAAGGAGAAAGAAAAGCGAGCCGAAUUCCCGGCCUAAACAUACUGAUAGCUAUAUUACACUGGAUUUGGCCACCAGGACGUUGUCAAAACUGUGAUUCUAUAUAUUCGAAUAAAUUUAUCGGCGACCAAUCGUUGAACGUGGGACAAAUUCAUCGCUCACCGGACGGGCGGUUUGUGCUGUCCCAGGAUCUAGUGGACGGUAUCGUGUCGCUGCGCAACAGCAUCGUAUCGCAGUACAGCAGCAGUGACGAUGGUGGCUUUCUCGCCACCAAACGGCUGCCCUCGCUUACCCGGGCUUCCUGGCGCCGGCCGCUCGUAUCCUACCCGAGUCAGCUAAGCCUGCAGAUGGAGACGGCGUUUGGCAGCCGUGUCGGGGAUGUGGUCGGCGCUGGAAGGGGUCAGAUACCGCAGCUGGCCGAACCACAGCAUUCCCUGUACACCAACACGAUGCCGGACGGCAAUGGCAUGAUAUCGUCGAUCAGUGGCACGCUGCAGCCAAUGCUGGCGCAAACGAUCUACACGACGCCGUCUAGAAUUUCGAAAGUGGUGGCCAGCUCGCCAGCCACCUCCAGCCCGCAGGUGGUCAACUCGCCCUGGUCGCCACUGUACUUCAGCGAUCUCAGCUCGGUUCAUCAUCUCAGCUCGGCGGAGCGUUCGUUCCCAACGCCCCAGAGUGCGCACUCGGUGCAUCGGUACUACAACCACGAGUUGCCGGUACUGCAAAGCCUGCAGCAUAUGUCGUCUAAUCAUCAUCACCAUCAUCACCAUCAUCAUCAUUCAGCGCACGGCUUCAUACCGGUACCGGACGUGUCCGUCAAUCUGCCGUACUACUAUAACGGUCAACCGAUUUCUUCAUCCCUACCGGACACGAACCAUCAAAAUCUGUAUCAAAACGUACCGUGGGGCUAUCACUCCGGUGCGGCAGGUGGUUCCGUCGGUGGCACCCACCCGUACAGCGGCCGCUCGAAGUUUCUUUCCCGUUACUAUCCUCGGAGUUUGCCUCGAAACUUAAGCCGCGCGAUUCCGGAGUUACGGUCGCCGAUGUUGAACCUCAACCUCAACACCACGUCGCUUAGCGGUGGCGUAGGGCUUGAGAACUCACCCCAGAGCUAUUCGAGCUCGAGUGGUUUUGGCAGCAAAAACACCUCCAGCAAUAACACCCAACCGAGCGGUACGUCCACAGCAACGAUCGCCGCCCCAUCGCAUCACAACAUUUUGCGUGAAUGGCGCUACCUACCGCCGUACAGGCCACCGCCACCACCGCCCAGCCUGCACCAUGCAGCGCCAUUGUCGAUAGCGGGAGGUCGUUUCGAAAAUCCGCCAUAUUCCAUGUCCCACUGGCUGGAACUGAUCACGCGCCUGAAUAUAGCGUCGGAAAAGGCCAACAUCAAUAAUACGGCCGACGUCGGUAGCGUCGAUGGGCACUAUGAGUUUGAUCCGUCGACACCCACGCCUACCGCUUCCACACCGACCGGCAUGAUGCGGGACGACUUCCACCAUCUGAUGACACUGCCGUCCACAUCGAGCGAUCUGCUGUGGAGUGCGACCGGCCUGACCGGUGUCGUUUCCUCGCUGAGCGGAGGAAGAAAACGUGGCCAAUCACGGUACGACAAUAUUGACGCGCGUGUCCAGGCCAUGAAGGAGGAGUUCUACGAGUAUCGCAAACGACAGCAGCUCCAGGCCGUUAAUGGGCCGAGUGUGGUAGAGCUCGAGAGUGCCUGCUAG